UAAGACAUGAAGCCGGUGACUUCCCUUGCAAAGUGGCCAAACUUCUCAAAAAUAAAACUCGCAACAGGUACAGAGAUGUCAGCCCUUUUGACCACAGUCGAAUUAAACUGCAGCAAGACGAUAAUGAUUAUAUCAACGCUAGUUUGAUAAAAAUGGAAGAGGCACGCAGGAGCUACAUCCUCACACAGGGUCCUCUGCCAAAUACUUGUGGUCACUUUUGGGAGAUGGUUUGGGAACAGAAAAGCCGUGGUGUUGUCAUGCUCAACAGAGUGAUGGAAAAGGGAUCAAUAAAAUGUGCACAGUACUGGCCACAAAAGGAAGAGAAAGAAAUGCUCUUUGAAGACACAAACUUGAAGCUCAUCUUGACAUCAGAAGAUAUAAAAUCCUACUAUACAGUACGGCAGUUGCAAUUGGAAAACCUGACAACGCACGAAACCAGAGAGAUUCUGCACUUUCACUAUACAACGUGGCCUGACUUUGGAGUCCCCGAAUCCCCAGCUUCGUUCCUCAACUUCCUGUUCAAAGUGAGAGAGUCGGGGUCACUGAGCCCCGAACACGGAUCCAUCGUAGUGCACUGCAGCGCAGGCAUCGGGAGAUCAGGAACGUUCUGUUUGGUUGAUACUUGCCUCCUCCUGAUGGACAAAAGGAAAGAUCCUUCUUCUGUCGACAUCAAGCAGGUUCUCUUGGAAAUGAGGAAAUACAGAAUGGGGCUCAUACAGACCGCCGACCAACUUCGUUUCUCUUACUUGGCCGUUAUAGAGGGAGCAAAAUUUAUUAUGGGGGACUCUUCUGUGCAGGAGCAAUGGAAAGAGCUUUCUAAUGAGGACUUGGACCCGCCACCAGAGCAUACUCCCCCACCACCGAGACCGCCCAAACGAAAUUUCGACAUAAUUAACGGGAGAGUGCCCGAACCCAUACUUCCAAAGCAUCGGGUGACUGAGGAAGAAGAAAUCAAGUGUACAGUCGCCAGCAUUCAGGAGAAGAUGCCUGAUGGGGUGCAGCUAGACGCAGAGAGCACUAGUCAAGACACUGAGCUUAGGAAGAGAACUGUUGACGCUUCACCACACACUGAAGAGCUGGUGAAGCUGGAAGAAGAGGAGGAGGAGGAGAACACGGUGGCCACUUGGAAACCAUUUCUGGUCAACAUCUGUGUGUUCACUGUCCUCACAGCUGGAGCGUACCUCUGUUACAGGGCAUGUUUUCAUUGAUGGACAUAAUCAGUGCCGGUACCCAGAAAUGCCAGUGAUGUGACUGGCAUUUAAACCUGUUUCUGUAAAAAGAAAGCUUGGGGGGGGGGCAUCCAAGCCUUGUCCCAGUGGGAAGUGUCUCUUAAUUUUGAGAAGCUGGAACUUUGGUUAGGGCUUAAAAGAGAAAAAUUGAUGCACUAGGGUUUAAUUUUUAGCCCUGUGGUCCCAAGAAUUUAAUAUUCUAAUC